CGGAGUUUCUGCUGUUCGCUCUCUGCCACUCAGUCAGGUCUCACCCCCCCGCUCACACACAAAAACGGAAACAAUCAGAAGAAAAACAAAAAAAAAAAAAAAAAAAAAAAACAUCAAACAAAUUGUGAAAAACUUGCACACAUUUGCCCAGCAAAUAUUCCCUAGUUUUUUCGGGUGUUACCUAGAACUGUGUGUGGCUCUGACGAAGGAGGAAGGUCUCUCUCGCCCCUACAGCAAUCGAUCGAUCAAUAAAACUCCCGAGCAGCAACUUCAACGCUAGAAGAGAACAGUAACAAAAACAGACGCAGCGAAAGCGAAGCAGCGUACAAAGCAACAAACAAAGAAACAAGAAACAAAAAGGAAUAAAUAAAAGACUGAGCAACGUUCAAGCAAAAUCCAAGGAACAACCACAUUAGCAAUCUCCCCCGCACCAACUCUCUCUCUUUCUCUCUCUCUAUCUCUUGAUAACUGUAUAACUAAGCGCUACAACAAAGUAAGAAGAUCUCAGAAAAAACCCGAUAAGCAAUACUAUAUAGAGAAGAGAGCGCCAUCUAACGCCCAACAGCCGCAACCAGCAGCAUUGUAUAAUGUUAAGCAGUCUCGCAACGUUUCUAUUUGGAGCGCCAGCAACGUCCGAGUCCAGCAACAACAACGAAGUGAAUCCCGCGCAGGCCAGCGAUCCCUGUGAUACCGCCAUCGAACAGGCCCCAUCCCCGGGAGAUGUAAUUGAGGUGACCUCAUCGACGCCAUCCGUAGCGGGCAACAGCAGUCGCGGCCCGGUGCGCGCCUCCCCCAACGGCAAGAGCCGUGGCAAGAAUCGCCGUGGCAAGCAGAGAUACAACCAGCAACAGCAGCAGCAGCAGCAGCAGCAGAGGAAGCAGCAGACUGCGACGAUAACGAAGCUACUAACACCCACUGGUGAGACCCCCAUUGACGAGGACUUUGACGAGGACGAAUGGUAUAUUGUAGAGAAGGAGGACGAGGAGGACGACUCUCUGCCACGCAGCGACUCCGAGGAGGAGCUCUCCGUUGUCGAGGUCCAGCAGCAGCCGAAGGCCGCAACCUCCUCCUCCUCCUCCGGCCAUGGCCAGGCGGUAUCGGGGUCAUCGCGCCAUCGGCGCCAGCACUUCAAUUCGCAUUCCCUUUACAGCGGUCCGCGGCCGCAGCAGCAGCGCAGCCACUUGCAGCGGUCCCGCGUGGCCCGUCCGCUGAGCAUCUCCACCCUGAGCCCGCCCAGAAGUGUGCCCCCCAGCAGCCUGGCGGACCUUGACAAUGUCAGCCAGUCGCUGUACGUGGCCUCGCCAAGCGGCAGCGACCACGGCCAGGGCCAGGGCCAGGGUCAGGGUCAGGGUCAGGGUGCGAACGUGCUGAUGGAGGAGUCCUGGUACGUAACACCGCCACCAUGCUUCACCUCGAUUGGGCCAAUCAAUAUGGAAACUUCACCAUUUGAGAAUCUAUUGAUUGAGCAUCCAAGCAUGUCUGUUUAUCGUAGUAUUAGGUCCACCCAGGAGGGCACCGAAAGUUUUGUAAAUCUUGAUCUCGGGGUGGCAGCGGAGGCGCCACAAUCGGAGCUGGUUCAGCAGGAGGCAGCCGAGCCGGAGCAGGCCCAGGCCCAGGCCCUCCACGAGCAGCGUCCGCAUAGCGCUCGCUUCGAUCGCCAUGCGGCGGCCCAAUUGAAGCAGGAGACUCUGGCACGCCAAAGCCAGAAGAGCAACAACAAGAAGCAGCAUCAGCAGCUGUGCCGCAGCGCCAUCAAGCGGUCCAACAAGGUGCGCGAUUUCCAGGCCAAGUCCCAUCGCCCACGCCGCUCGGAGAUGCAGCACUGCAAGCUGGUCAGUGGCGCCAACAACAACCGCAAGUGCUGCUUCUAAGUGCAGCAGCAACACCACCACCAACCACCCCCUCUCUCCACUAACCCCUGGAGGAGGAGCAUUACAAUCAUGGCAAAAGCAGCGCGAGGGCAAGCCGCGCUUCGAUUUUAAUUAGUAUUUUAACUUAACCCCAAAAAAAGAAAGGAAAAGAAAGGAAACACCCAACAAAUCUGCGAAAUGAAAUUCGCCAGAAAAAUAUCAAAAUCUAGCAGCUACAAAAACACAUAUAUAUAUUUAAUGAAUGAACUUAAUAAUUAAUUGCAUAAAAAAACAAAACAAAACAACAAAAAUUUAACUAUCUGUGUAAAUGCGUAGAUUUUAACGUUCACAGUUUCAAUUUAAACAAACAAAAAAAAAACAACUUAAAAUCUAAACACGAAAAAA